AGUUUUUCACGUAUAUACAAGCAGCGAUUCAAAAUGACCGAUUCAACGCCUCACGAGCGCCCUUGGCUGCUGCCCUACAACCGCAAAAUCAGGCAUCUCCAGGGCAUAACCAUCCGCAAUCUUACCAUCACUCCCUUCCCCUCGCGUCCGCGCACCCGAACAAUCGAUGAUGACGGCCUACCGAGCGCCCUCAGGUCGCCUACCAAAGCAAUGGCUCAACGUGAGAAUAAAAAGCUUGCCCAUUCGAGGUCCUCGAGCGAUCUGAAAAAGGUGGAUGAAGCGUCGCGGCAUAAUAAUGACGAUGUUCCCACGCCUAUAUCGCCCCAGAGGUUGCAAAGGCCCGGCGCUGGCAAGUCUCUCCGCCGGAGAAGCACGCUGGAAUGGACCGGAGCGAGCCCCUUGACCCGCCAGAGAAAGCUGGAGGACAUCACGGGGAGUCGCAUGGCUGAUACUUUCUUCACCCUGCACGUCGAAAAUCAGGAAGAGCCAGUGUACAUUUCAGAAGUGGUGGACAAGGCUAUGAACCCCAACUUCCGCUUCUUUGAUCUUGCUUCAUGCGGCCCCGGCGUCACCCGUCUUGACAAGCUUACGGUCAAAGUUUGGGCGAGGAAUGAGGCCACCAAGAACUGGCAGUACUUAAUUGACUUCACUGUGCAGUUGCGGUCGUUGCAAUUCAUUGGAAGAGCACUUGGUGGUUUCAAGCAUCCUUUACCCCAGAACUGUAUACUGUUUCACAUGACAGACGGCAUCUACACCAGCUUCACAGAUAUGCCUAUGGCAGAGAAGCUGGCUACCAACGACCUGGCCCCCCCAAAGGAACAUCCCGAAGGCAUAGAUCUGCCCAGCUCCUCUUACGAUGCCUUGAUGCGCCUAAACACUCUCGACGACUGUAUCCAAGACGCUCUCGCUACGCGCGACCGACUCGCCGAAGAAAUCGAAGAAAUACUUCAAGCCAACCACAACGCUAUUGGCACAGUCGAGCGCGUCCCCGAAGCCCAAGAACGUCUCAAAACCGUCGAAGCCGCUGUAUCUGCCGAAAAGCGACGCGUGGACGCCGUCCGCCGCCGCCGCGACGACCUCCAAGCCACCAUCCAAACCCGCCGCACUCUAAUAGCCCAAGGCCAAACCCUCGAAACCCAACUCCAAUCCUCCCUCCCCACCUCGCAAGAAUCCCACAAAGCCCUCAAACAAACCACCGAAAAGCUCCAAGAAGACAUCACCAACCAACGCCGCCGCAUCUGCGAAGACCUCCAACGCAUCUUUCCCAUCGACCCGGCCGUCCCCCCCAAACCCCUCCUCUUCACCAUCCGCGGUCUCACCCUCCCAAACUCAGCCUUCGACGACGCAGACGAAAACAUCACCGCCGCAGCCCUCCACCACGUCGCGCAGAUCGUCUCCCUCCUCUCCCCGUACCUCUCCGUCAUCCUCCCGUACCCAAUUACCCUCCACGGCUCAACAUCCACAAUCUCAGACCCCCUCGCCAUCCACAUCUCGUCCACCUCCUCCAACCCUUCGUCCCGCGACGCAGCGCGCACGUACCCCUUAUUCAUGAAAGGCGUAGUGCGGUAUCGCUUCGAGUACGCUGUCUUCCUGCUCAACAAGAACAUCGAGAUCCUAUCGAACGCGCUGGGCAUCAGGCCAGUCGAUAUCAGACACACGCUGCCGAACCUCAAAUACCUCCUCUUCGUCGCAACGGCCGGUAAAGGCGAACUCCCCGCGCGCAAGAGCGGCGGGAUCAAAGGGUUGCUGAGGCAGGAGGGCGCGUGGAGCGGCAGCGCGAGUCGGAAGGGGAGUAUGGAUAGUGCGGUUAGUGGGAGUGAUGCUGGGAGCGGGAUCGUGGUGCCUUCGCUUGUUGGGAAUGCCAAGGCUGCGGAUGGGAAGGGUAGCGGUGAAGGCAUGAAGGAUGGCGAGGCGGCGCUGGGGAGAGCACACGUAAAUGGCGGGUUGCAGCAGCAUAUGAGUUUUGCGAAGAGAGACGCUGUGUUGGGGAAGCAUAAGGGGAGUGGGUUAGUAUCGGCGACGGCGGGGAGUCGGUUGAGGGAGGUGGAGUAA